AUGUUAGGAAGCAAACUUGUCUCUGCUCCAAUUGAUUAUGCUGUAAGACUACACCAACAAUUUGGAAUUCCACUUGAUGAUAUAGUAGCUUCAUCAUAUCGUAGGCUCAUUGGUCGCCUUAUUUACCUCACCUAUACAAGGCUCGAUAUCACAUAUGCAGUGCAACACUUAAGUCAAUUUGUAGCUCAUCCUUCUUCAGCUCAUCAACAAGUAGCCUAUAGGAUUCUUAGAUACUUGAAAGCAACACUAGGUUCUGGUAUAUUUUUCUCUGCUUCCAGCAUAUUGCAGCUCAAAGCAUUUAGUGACUCUGACUGGGCAGGAUGCAUUGAUACCAGGCGAUCUAUCACUGGCUACUCAGUUUAUCUUGGUAAUUUGUUUAUUUCUUGGAAAUCCAAAAAGCAAGCCAUGGUCUCUAGAAGUUCUUCUGAGGUUGAGCAUUGGGCACUAGCUAGUGCUACAUGUGAAUUACAAUGGUUAACCCACUUGCUUAAUGAUUUUGGGAUUGUUUACACUUGA